AUGGCUCUCGACAACCCUGCUACAGUAUCUGGCUCCGGCUCAGACAACGACGAAGACAAGCAGAGCGGUGCAAACAACUCGAGCACGAUGGCAACUGAUGAUGACUUCAAGGUCGAUCUUCUCAAGGCUAUCAAAGACGUCAAGGUCGUGGGCAAGUUUACAUUCGAUCAAGAAAUUGAUAUUCCUGAGGAUUUCAGCAUCUCUGUUCGAGGUGUUGGCGAUAUCAAACUUCCACUCAAGAAGGCGCAAGCAGUCAGGAUCAUCACUCAGGCACGACAAGCGCCCUUUGGAAAAGGAAGUGAUACUAUCGUCGACACUUCGGUCCGAAAGACCUGGGAGCUCGAUCCUGAGCAGUUCACUAUUGGCGGAGACGAAUGGUCCGAUUACCUCAAGGAACUGUGUGAACUUGUCGCUCAUAAGAUGGGCAUCAAGACGCCUGUCCACGCCGAUCUCUACAAGAUGCUUCUCUAUGAGAAGGGUGCCAUGUUCAAGGCACACACCGACACGGAGAAAAUCCCCGACAUAUUUGGGACCCUUGUCGUCAGUUUGCCAUCGAAACAUAAGGGUGGGGAGGUCGUUCUGGGGCACUGCGGCGAGGAGGUUAUCUACGAAUCUUCCAAGAGCCAAGCUUCUUGUGCUGCUUGGUACUCGGAUGUUCACCACGAGGUUCUUCCCGUCGCGUCAGGCUAUCGCUGGGUCCUUACCUACAACCUCGCCAUCGGCCAAUCCUCGCCGCGCACAUUUGAUGCCUUCUCGGAAGCCAAACUGCGGCCCCUCAGUGAAUGUGUCAAAGGAUGGCUCGCGCAGGAGCAAAAGGAUCGCAAAACUCCAUAUGCAUGCCACGUCCUAGAUCACGAGUAUACUCAAGCCAACAUUUCCCAAAAAUCGCUGAAAGGAGCAGACAUGACCCGGUUCAUGGCUCUCCAACAAGCAUUGGAGGGAUGCCCGGUUACGAUUUAUCUUGCACUGCUUGAGAGAGAGGAGAUUGGGAUGGUGGACUUUGCAGAGCCAGAGAUGCAGGCUUUCUAUCCCUUGUCCUUAGCCUUGUCCAGGACCAUUGACACCUACCCAGACCCAUUCAAAGGUUACCACCCUUCAUUAUACUCAGUCGAUGAGACCGUUUGUCGGCUCAAGACUCUUAGAGACUUGCAAGGUGAGACCGUUACAGAUGAACUGGUCGUCACGGAGAAUUGCAUUCUUGAUCCAAGUGCCUUCAAGGGUGUGAAGUCUGAGAAGGCGUAUGAAUUCAGUGGCAACUCGGGUACAACAGCAACGCAUUGGUAUCUUCGAGGCACCAUCGUUAUUGUCCCUCACGACUCGGUUGCUGGCUUGCUUAGCCAGUUCGACGACAGAUUUUGUUAUUCGUCUCCAGAGAUGCAGAUCAAGUAUAUUGUGCACUUGUGCUCUCAGCCAGAUGUGCAAGACCACCUUAUCAGCACAAUGGCUGGACUUGUUGAGAAUGUAAUGCCCAAGCUGGAAACUAACCCUGACUUGAUGAAGGAUAAAUCCGUCUUGUCAAAGGUCGUCAAAAUUGCCCUACAGCAUAAACGUUACCAGAUUGUUGAGGAUAUUCUGGCCAAAUUCUACAAGAUGUUACCAUCUGAUUUUUUUAUCUGGUUAAGACAAUGGGUGAUCGAACCCGAUGAUGAUGACAAGACCUUGGACAAUUUCAACAAGCUCAAGAAAGGACUCUCGCUUGCUAUGGCUUCACAGGAUGGGUUGCCACACAAGCACAAGAUCGUAUCUCACUUUGUUCCCCUCCCUAGUGUCUUGCCCACUGACGCUCUUCCAACUCCUGGGCCAAUUUUGGAGUGGACCCGUCAAACUCUGCAGAAUUUGUUGGAUGGAGAUGGCCCUACUGAAGUGACUGCAGAUGACGCGUUACCUGUGGUCGACUCUGCGCUGUACUUCGAGAGCAAGAUUGCUUUCCUGAAAGAGUUUGUCGUGCCUCUGUUCGAGAAGUUUCCUCUGGCCCCUGGCUUCCGUUUCAUGACCUUGGCACGAGUGAUGGCUCUGAUUGAAGAGGACAAACUUCCUCGGCAAGAGGGCAUGGAUCUCUAUCGAACUAUGGCAGGCUCCUUGAUCGAAUCUCAGGACUUUGCUUCGCUACAACAUCCAACAACAAUCCAUGAGCAGUCAGAAAAGAGGAAACUUCCGCCUUGGUUGACUUCCAAGAUGUGGGCUCAGCGUUGGCUGGGGAAUGCAGUCACGGACAAUGACAUGAGAGACUUCUUCUCGGGACUUCUGAAGGCCAGCACAAAGUCAGGCAAUGUUUCAGGCCAAUUCAUGUCCAAAAUCACCAGGCAGCUUGGCAGAUUCUCUGAGGCCAGUUUCCAGUUGACGUGGCUUCCUUUUCUACGUUCCACCAUUCCCCUUCUCGAAGAUGAAAGCAUUUCCUUGAGCACAUCAACCUACAAGAAGUUUUUCUCAGCUGUCACUCGGGGUAUUCUUGAUAACUUUCUUGGACCGGAGCCUCGGGAGCCUUGGACCUGGGCCCUCGCAGGCGUUCCCUGCGACUGCAGCGACUGCGAGCGUGUCAGCGCCUUUCUCCGCCACCACACGAAGAUGUCUGAAGAGUACCCGAUGAACAAGCCUCGGCGUACCCAUGUCCAGCAGGUACUUGAGAAAGCAGGUGUGGGUUGUAGCAUUCAAACCCGCCGUGACACGAGCCCCUAUCCACUCGUGGUCACCAAGGCCUCUCGGCCUCAGGGAGUGAAGUUGGAAGCAUGGAAGAAACGAAGAGAUCAGGUCCUCGAGGAGUUUGAUCAGAUUCAACCACAUCAUCUCAAGAAACUUCUCGGUAAGGAGUAUGAGACAAUUGAGCAACUCCGCACCGGUCAGAAGGAUCCGGAAAACCUGUCUCAAGGACCUCAGACAGGAGAGAAGCGUGGAAUCGACGAGUGA